AUGGCUCUUGGGUCUCAAGUUGAAGCAAACGGCAAGGAUGGAGCCGUACAAAUUCCGAUGGUUAAUGGAACCGACAAACGUGUUGAUGACGAGCAGCAAGAUAACGAGGCGAAUGGAAGCAAUUCCAGUGAUAAUAUUUUGGAGAAGGGUGAAGUAGAGGCUACGAAGGAGGGGGAGAAGGAAAAAGACAAAGAAAAAGACGCUGACGACAAGGAAAAAGAUGGCGAACAGGAAGUAGUUUUUAUACAGGACAUGGGCUUCACGGUUAAAAUCGUGAGCCCGGGUGGCGAGCCCUUUGACAUCCAGGUAUCGAGCAUGGAGCUGGUCCAGGAAAUCCACCAACUGCUGAUGGACCGCGAGGACACAUGCCAUCGCACGUGUUUCUCUCUGCAGCUCGACGGCAACACGCUGGAUAAUUUUGCGGAGCUAAAAAACAUCGAGGGGCUGAAAGAGGGCUCGAUCAUCAAGGUUGUUGAGGAGCCUUACACGAUGCGCGAGGCCCGGAUUCAUGUGAGACAUGUGCGCGAUUUACUUAAAUCCGUCGAUCCGGCAGACGCUUAUAACGGGGUAGAGUGCAGCAGUUUGUCCUUUUUGAAUGUCGUUACCAAUGGAGACAUUAUGGAGAAGAAAAAAACACGGACAGAUGCUAUCGAUUGCACGCCUCCUGAUUAUAUUAUACCGGGGUCCAAGGAAAGACCGCUUUUACCUCUUCAACCUCAGGCGAAAGAACAGAAAUGCCCGCCGUGUUUGAAGGUUUUAACAACAUCAGGAUGGAAUCCACCGCCAGGUUACAGGAAAUUACAUGGAGAUUUAAUGUAUCUACAGGUGAUUACCUUAGAAGAUAAGCAGUAUUACGUAACUGCGUGCGCGCGUGGUUUUUUUGUAAAUCAGUCUUCGAAGGAAACAUUUAACCCAAAACCAGCGACACCAAGCCACCUGUGUCACAGCUUGAUCGAGCUGUUGAACCAACUAAGCCCAGCAUUCAAACGCGGAUUCGCAGCGAUGCAGCGCCGAAGAACCCAGCGACAUCCUUUCGAGAGAGUCGCGACGCCUUAUCAACUGUACGCUUGGUGUGCUCCCCAAACCGAGCAUACAAUCGACGCGAUUCGCGCAGAAGAUACUUUUUCAGCGAAGCUGGGGUAUGAAGAACACAUACCUGGACAAACGCGCGACUGGAAUGAAGAGUUGCAGACUACCAGAGAGUUACCACGUAAAAAUCUUCCCGAGAGACUGCUCCGAGAACGUGCCAUAUUUAAAGUACACAGCGAUUUUGUCGCCGCAGCGACCAGAGGCGCAGUCGCCGUUAUUGACGGCAAUGUAAUGGCCAUAAAUCCUGGAGAAGAAGCCAAGAUGCAGAUGUUUAUAUGGAACAAUAUAUUUUUCUCGCUAGGUUUUGAUGUUCGUGAUCACUAUAAGGAGCUAGGUGGAGAUGCUGCUGCUUUUGUUGCACCACGAAAUGAUCUUCAGGGUGUGCGAGUCUACGCAGCUGUUGAUCUACCCGGUCUUUAUACUCUAGGCACCGUUGUAAUUGAUUACCGGGGUUACAGAGUCACUGCUCAGUCAAUUAUUCCGGGAAUUCUGGAACGCGAGCAAGAGCAGUCGGUUGUCUAUGGGUCUAUAGACUUUGGAAAAACAGUUUUGACUCAUCCAAAGUACCUGGAGCUGCUAAACAAAGCUGGUCAGCAGUUAAAAAUCUUGCCUCACAAGGUUAUAAAUGACGCGGGUGAAGAAAUAGAAUUAUGCAGCAGCGUAGAGUGCAAAGGAAUUAUCGGAAACGACUCUCGUCAUUACGUAUUAGAUUUAUUACGUACAUUUCCUCCAGAUGUUAAUUUUUUGAAGCUAGAUGGCGUUGAGCUGAGCAAAGAAGCCCGAGCUCUGGGAUUCCCAAUUGAACACAAGCAUCGGUUAGCGUGUUUGAGACAAGAGCUUAUUGAUUCCUUCGUAGAGGCUCGCUAUGUUCAGUUUAUCAAGCACGCUGCUGUCCAUUUGCAACAGUUGACUUCUUCCAGGUUGUCCCAGCAGAUGGAAAAAGAGUCGAUUGGCGAGAAGGAAAAGGAAAAGGAGAAAGAAAAAGAAAAAGAUGAGGCUAAAGCUAAAAAGGAAGAGUCUGUUAGCGCUGUGGUAAUUGAUAGUAAUAAAGAAACUUCGGAACAGUCGACAAUUGAAGCGGAUGAAGCUAAAAAAAUUGUCGAGAGUAUCACCGACUCGAUAACAGGAGGUGAGAAACAAGAGCUGGAAGAAAGCACCAAAGAAAUAGUUCGUAGAGCCGCUGCGGCUGUAGGGAGUCUUCGUGAGGCUGAAUUUGAUGUUAAAUUUAACCCAGACGUCUAUUCACCAGGAGUCCGUCAUCCGGAUCCGAAUGGUGAAGCUAUAAAGAAACAACGUCAAUUAGUUCGCGACGCCGCCGAUUUUUUGCUUACAGUCCAGCUUCCGACGUUUAUUCGCGAGUGUCUAGAUCACACUGCUGCAGCGACAGAUGGUAGCACUCUUGUAGAAGCGCUCCACGGUCGUGGUAUCAACGUUCGUUAUCUUGGUAAAUUGGCUGUCAUGCUGGCUAUAGUGCCUCAACUUAAAUACUUGCAUCGUAUUUCUGUAUCAGAGUUGAUUUUAAGAUCAGCUAAGCACAUAUUCACCUCUUACAUGCAAGGAACAGAGUUAAUGAGCCUCUCGGCGGCGAUUAGUCACUUUCUUAAUUGUCUGUUAUCAUCAGCACAGCUUCCUCAUCCGCAAUUAAAUUUGGAAGAGUUGCAGAGCAAAACUGCGAAGCGACGUAAUAAACGUAAAGGAAGAAACAAUGGCCCGCAUCAGUCAGAAGUUGAAUGGGCGAGCUUGACACCUAAAUCACUUUGGCAGCAAAUCAAAGCUGAUUUAAAGAGCUACUACGAUUGGGAAACGUUAGCUCCAGAGUCGCUAGAUUCUACUAUUGAGCAUUUUAAUCUCCAGAAAAUUUCUCUCCUUCGUGGGUUCUGUAUCAAAACAGGAAUUCAAAUUCUUUUGCGUGAGUACAAUUUUGAGAAUAAAAACAGAGCUACGUUUUUUGAGGAAGACAUUCUGAACAUAUUCCCUGUGGUGAAGCAUAUUAAUCCGCGUGCUAGUGACGCUUAUAAUUUCUACACCACUGGCCAGAACAAAAUUCAACAGGGGUACCUCAAAGACGGGUACGAAUUGAUAAGCGAAGCCCUUAAUUUACUGAACAAUGUUUAUGGCGCAAUGCAUCCUGAAAUAGCCCAGUGUUUGAGAAUGCUCGCGAGAUUGAACUAUAUAAUGGGCGACCACGGUGAAGCACUAGCAACUCAACAGAAAGCGGUUCUUAUGUCUGAGCGUGUGAGUGGAAUCGAUCACCCCUACACCAUCACCGAGUAUAUCCACUUGGCGCUUUAUUCGUUUGCCAACGGACAAGUGUCUGUGUCUUUAAGACUUCUCUAUCGAGCUCGGUACUUGGCUUUGCUUGUUUGCGGAGAGGAUCAUCCUGAGGUAGCGCUUAUCGACAGCAAUAUUUCGCUCAUCCUCCACGCAGUUGGGGAGUAUGAACUUUCUUUACGUUUUCUUGAGCACGCUUUGGCGCUCAAUUUAAGAUACCACGGACCUCGUUCGCUUAAAGUUGCCGUUUCUUAUCACUUGGUCGCGAGGACGCAGUCGUGUAUGGGAGACUUCCGUGCUGCCUUGAAUAAUGAAAAGGAAACUUACGCUAUUUACAAGCAACAGCUGGGAGAAGAGCAUGAGAAGACUCGGGAGAGCAGUGAUUGUCUGAGACAUUUGACCCAGCAAGCUGUGGUGCUUCAGAAAAAAAUGAAUGAAUUGUACACUGGGAAGUCGAGUCUCAGUUUGCCGCCCAUACAAAUCCAGCCACCCUCUAUGGGUUCUGUUUUAGAUUUACUUAAUGUCAUCAAUGGGAUCUUGUUUGUUCAAAUUAGUCAGCAGGAUAUUGAAAACUUGAAGGCGGAGAUUGAAAAACGACAGAAGGAACAGAUACCUGAAAAUGACAUCAAACGUCAAGAUAGCAAGAGUUCAACGCCUAUGAUUAAUGAGACAGAUAAAAUACUUGCUAUUACUCAAGACACUUGCACAAAUACUGAGAAUAACAAAGAGACCAGAAAGUCAAUAGCCACGGACAGUUGA